AAUGAAUUCAACUACAGCUCUCCUUACUGGACAAACAAGGAAACCUACGCAGUUGAAGAUGGACUUGAAGGUUUGAAUGAAAAGCAAACAAAACUUGCUUCUUAUUGGAACACACCGUUUAACAAAUUAUGCCUCGGAAUGAAAGUCGAUGGUGCUACAAAAUGGAUUUUAAUCGGUCACCAAGCAAGUUCGCUGUUCAAUGUAAUCGCAGGCGGAAAUUUCAUAGCAAUUACAACCGUUGAAAAGAACGCAUGGAAGUCUUUGGUCAAGGAUUCUUAUUUGCAAAACAACUGUAAUCAACAAGGGUUCAAUCUAUUCAACGGAAACACAGGCUAUGCAUUUGCUUACAACAAUGUACGGAUUGGAUUAGUGGCAAAUAAUCAAAACGACUGCAAGAGUUGUGACUCGUGUAUUGGCUUCGGUACUUCGGUACGUGGAUGUGAUGGCGAUGUGAGAAAUACCGCGUGCGGUAAUAUAAUGGCUUUUUGUACUAAUCCAAAAAAUGAUAAGGACACUGCAGCGUUUGGAUACAUACUUGUACAGUAG